UUUUUAUUCACAAGAAUAUUAACACAUAUUGGUUUCGUUUCUUAGGACGUUCAUGAACAGCAGUCUUCAGACCUUCCACCUUGGCAUCUUCCCCCACCACCCGUACCUAUCCUUCCAGUAAUUGAGCAAGUGCCAUAUGGUUCCACUGUUUCUACAGUGAUGGAAAAAUGUAGCUUUUUUCGUAAAACAGGAGCAUGUCGAUAUGGUUUUCUUUGUUCUCGUCUUCAUCAAUAUCCAAGUCCAUAUGACGAUACUAUUGAAUCGUUUAAUAUUGCUGAUGAUCAAGAUGUUGGUGGUUUAGACGAACCAAUAGAUAAUUCUUGUUUAGUUUUACAAAUUCCUAAAAUGUUCACACACUAUCAUUUAGAUUUAACAAAAAAUACCGGUUCAGAGGAUCAAGAUUCUGGUCUUGAAGUAGAUGAAAGUCAGUUACUCUCAGAUUAUCAUGAAUUCUACCAUGAUGUUCGUAUGGAAUUAGAAUCUAGAUGGGGCAAAAUUUCAGUCAUUCGAACAUGUCGCAAUUUAGCUGAUCAUCUCCGUGGUGCAGUUUAUGUUGAAUUCUCAAGGGGUCCAAGUGCAGCAUGGGAUGCUGCUGAAGCUUGCAAUGGUCGUUGGUUUGCUGGACGUCAACUAACGUGUACUGUGGUUAGAUUGGGCGGUGGUUGGAGAGAGGCUAUUUGUGGUCUUUAUCAUCGAGGUAAAUGUCCUAAAGGAGACCUUCAUUGUAAUUUUCUACAUGUAUUUCUUAACCCUGGAGAAACCAGUAAUGAUUUACAAAAAACUUUAUGGCGUCAUGUAGGUCGACUUAUUAGUCUGGUGGAUAAUAAUGGUCACAGUGAUCAUGGACGUUCUUCUACAGUAAAAUCACUUUCCAACGACUCUUCAUCUCUUACCCAUCGUCAUCAGCACUAUCAUGAUCGACGUAAAACGCAAAGACAAUCCUCUAGCUCAAUUUCUUCACAUUCACGGUCCUCUUCUCCAAUAGGGCAUCAUCAUUCGUCUCGAUCUAAAAAUAAUUAUAAAAAUUCCCGUCUAUCUGAAUGUCACAGUCAUAGAAAAUCUAAAAGAAAUAAGCAUUAUAGUAAUGGUAGCAGGAGAUCUUCUUUGAAUCGUUCACCUUCAACAUCAUCAGUCCAUAAGAAGCACAAAAAACAUAUGAAAGAAAAAUCUCACAAGAGAAUGAAAAGAGCUAAAGAGAAUUGUACAGAUAUGCUUAAUGAAACACGAUCUGCUAUGAUUCUUCCAGCUGCUCGUAUUUUGAAGCAAAAACCCAGUAUUUGGGUGGAAAUUAAUCAUGCAGUGGCUAAAUACAAACCGGUCAAUUUAGGUCAGGGUUUUCCGGACAUUCUUCCAAAACAACAUGUUCUUGAAAGUUUAACCAUGCUUGGAAAACCCGAUGUUAGCCCAUUUCUUCAUCAAUACACUAGAUCUAUGGGUCAUCCGCGUUUAGUGACUGUAUUAUCUAAACUGUAUACAAGUUUUUUAAGAUGUGAUCGUAAACUGUAUGGUGAAUCUGGGAGUCUUCAAGUAGACUCAUUUGGACCAGACAGAGAAAUUGAUCCUUUAAAAGAAGUUAUUAUUACUGUUGGUGCUUAUGGUUCGCUUUUUACGGCUAUAUCAGCAUUAGUUAAUCCUGAUGAUGAAGUGAUAAUUAUGGAUCCAAGUUUUGACUGUUAUACUCCAAUGACAGUAAUGGCUGGUGGUGUACCGAUUUAUGUACCACUUCGACCGCAAUUAGAUGAUGGUGAAGAAUUAAUCAGUGAUUGUUGGAAAUUAGAUAUCAAAGAAUUGGAAUCGAAAAUUACUUCAAAAACUAAAGUGUUACUAUUAAACACACCACAUAAUCCUUUGGGUAAAGUAUUUAAUAGAGAAGAAUUGGAAAGUAUCGCGGAUGUAUGCAUUCGUCAUAAUUUGGUGUGCAUUUCAGAUGAAGUUUAUGAAUGGUUAGUAUUUCCGCCUAAUCAUCAUAUUAAAAUCGCCUCUUUGCCUGGUAUGUGGUCACGUACCCUGACUAUUGGAAGUGCUGGCAAAACAUUCAGUGUAACCGGUUGGAAAUUAGGUUGGACAAUUGGACCAGCUAAUUUAAUACAGGCUAUGCAAUUGCAUCAACAAAAUACUGUGUAUACAUGUCCAACUCCUUUACAAGAAGCUGUUGCACGAAGUUUAGAAAUUGAAUUACCAUUAUUGAAUACACAUGAAUCGUAUUUUAAUGAGAUGUGUGCAUUGAUUGAACCGAAAGGUCGAAAUAUGGUUAAGAAAUUGAAUGAAAUAGGAAUGAUAGCAGUAAGACCCACUGGAGGAUAUUUCCUCGUGGCAGAUAUCUCCAAAUUGCAUGUCCCAUCGAAUGAUUUGGACAAAAAUGACUCAUUAUCGUAUGAUGUCAAGUUUAAUAAUUGGAUGAUGCAAAAUAAAGGUGUUUCUGCUAUUCCAAUGAGUGUGUUUUAUUCAACAUCUAAUCAACAUCUUGGUUCAAAAUAUUUACGAUUCUGUUUUUUCAAAGAGGAUUCAACAUUGAAUUCAGCAUAUGAAAUUUUGAAGAAAUGGUAAUUGAUUUAAUGGCAAAAUAUUACUCCUGGAUUAUAUUGGAUUUGUAUUCACAAUCUUUUGAUUUAUUUUGACUUAUUCUGCCUACUACUGACUUUAUUGGGUUUUUUUUUCUAUAGAGGAUCAUUUCAAAUCCGGUGCUGAAAUAAUUACAACUUCGUACAUUACGUAAUAAUAAUGUCUGUUUUCAUAUAGAAUAAAUUUCUGUUUGUAACUAUAAAUUAUUCUAAAAAUUAUUGAACAAUACACAUCAAUUUAU